AAGCAGGGGCAUACGUUCAGAAGACAAGAAACCCUGCUCACCAUACCAAGUAUUAACUUAUAAACAAGACUCCUAGCUGUAUGCCAGCCCAGACUUCCAGAAAGAGAAUAGCUUCCUGAAUCCCCAUCAUCAUGAACUGGCACAUGAUCAUCUCAGGGCUUAUCGUAGUAGUGAUCAAAGUUGUUGGAAUGACCUUUUUUCUGCUGUAUUUCCCACAGGUUUUUGGCAAAAGUAAUGAUGGCUUCAUCCCCAUGGAGAUCUAUGGAACUACUAAUGUACAGAAUGUCUCACAGAUUUUUGGGGGAACUGAUGAAAGCAUCAUUCCUACAAGAAGCUAUGGAACAGACUGUCCCAAAGACUGGGAUUUUCACCAAGGAAGAUGCUUUUUCUUCUCCACCUCCGAAUCAUCUUGGAAAGCCAGCAGGGAUUAUUGUGCAACAAAAGGAUCCACACUGGCAAUUGUCGACACUCCAGAGAAACUGAAGUUUCUUCAGGACAUAGCUGGUGAUGAGAAUUAUUUUAUUGGUUUGAUACGUCAGCCUGGAGAGAAAAAGUGGCGCUGGGUCAACAACUCUGUGUUCAAUGGCAAUGUUACCAAUCAGGAUCAGAACUUCGACUGUGUCACUAUAGGUUUGACAAAGACGUUUGAUGCUGCGUCAUGUGAUGUCAGCUAUCGCUGGAUCUGUGAGAAGAAUCCCAAAUGAUCUCUACAAGAGUGAAUCUUUACAGAGCCAGCAAAAGAGAUUGUUACUGAAACCAGUCCAGGAAAUAUAUAGUAUCAAAGACUGUGCCCAUCUUCAUUAGGUGGCGUUCCCUAAGGACUGUGCCCAUCUUCAUUAGGUGGCGUUCCCUAAGGAAUCCUCAACGUCAAUGUGUCACUCCCUUUUACAAACAUCUUCACAUGGUAAAACUCCUUUUCUGCACCAGGUAUUCCUCAAGACCACACUUCCUAUGAGAGGGGACUGGAUUCUAGUUAUCUCCAGACAAGGGCAGGUUUCUGGAGAUGAAAUUGAUAUGGAAAUGCAA